GACGUCGACCUAGCCGUACCAGUCACGUGACCACCGCGGAAGUCAACAAAUCAGCAGACAGCGACAUGAAACAACCGAAAUCACUUUUGCUAACUUCUUCUGUCCCGUGUCAUGUUUAACGUCAGCCUCGUGCGGUUUAGUCACGACUGCCUAAAUGUAAGAGUGAGCUGUUACAAACAUCACAUGCGCUGAACUGUCGUGUUUAUGUUAGUUUAGAGGGAAAAAAGGAACCCUUUCAAAAUGCGGAAUGACUCUCUGCUCUCCAGCAUUAAUGUGGUGCUGGUCAUGGCCUACGGAAGCCUGAUUUUUGUUUUGCUGUUUAUCUUUGUCAAAAGACAAAUUAUGCGGUUCGCCGUGAAGUCUCGGAGAGGACCACACGUCCCCCUCGGCCACAAUGCACCUAAAGAACUAAGACAACAAAUUGAAGCCAAACUUUGCCAGGUCCAGAAAAUCCACUUUGAGCCUCGUCUGCUGUCCCCAGAUGAUGACCGGCUAAAGCGGAGAGAGACUGGUUCCUAUGACAACCUGUACAGGAUGAAAGCCCUGGAUGCCAUCAGAGACACUGAUCUUCCUUUCCAUGAGCUGGGUGGGACGUCCGCUGCUGUGACGGGGAAAAGAUUUCGCACCUGGCUUCUGGAGCUACGGAAUUCUCACUGCAUGUUCCGAGACAGCCAAAUCUCGCUCAUUGACAAAGUGCUGGAUGGGUACAGUAAAGCCCGCCAUGGAGCUGAGGCUUUUGGUGAAGCUGAGUUUUUAAACUACCAGGAAGCUCUCAAUGAACUGGCCACUAUUGUGAAGUCUCAAAGUAGCAGAAGCAGCAGCAGCAGCACUCUGAUCCAGAACCACCAGUCUGCAGCCAAAGACCUGACCAGCACCACAGAGCCAGCGAGUUCCGCCUCCUCCCCUACCCAAACCACCUACCUCAUAUCUUCAAUGCAGCAGCGUAGCAAGAGACCCAGGCACUUCCUCGAGCUGAAGAACUUUAAAGACAACUACAACACUCUGGACAGUACGCUCUAAAAAUGUUUGACGCCUGACCAACGGAAAGAUGAGGUGAUUUAAGCACCUGUGGGCAGUAAUGGAGUUACAGCCACUAGACAGAUUUAGAACGCCUGUACAAAAACACAGCCUUUAUACACUAACACACUUAAUUGCCUGGUUUAGUGCUUAUCAGACUACUGGCACUGCUCUUUACCUAAGUGUAGCUUAAGCAUAUAUCCUGUUUUACAGCAUGUGUUGCUAUGCUUGGCAAGAAAAGUGACUGUAGUUAUAUAUAGUCCCAAGUGUGGUUGAAUUGACCAAAACAUAAACAGAGCUAUGCGGCUAUGCAAAUGCACCAGACAAUCAGUAUUUAUUGCACAAUGUAAAGGCCUAUGCAGGUUUGUUGUGGUAACGUGACUGUAUAUUAUCAUGUUAUCGUGUUACUCUUACUACUGAUACGACUGUUAACGGUUCAUGCUCCACACUGGGGGAAAAAAAAACACAGUUUAUGUCAAUGUAUGUCUCCACUACUGUGAAUUUGCCUUAUUUUAAGCCUUAAAUGUUUGUUUUACAGAAGCCAUACUUGAUUGAUUGUGAUGAUGAAGUGCUCUUUUAAAUUAAUAAUUUCUCUCAGUGCAAUGUAAUUUAACAGUAUUCCAGUGCAUAAUGAUUAAGAGGUGUAGCAUCUGGGGUCGUUGUUCACUUAAAACUGCCUCUUUCACGUGGUAUUCAGGGUUUUCAUAGAGGCAUUGUGAUGCCUGAAGGAUUUUUAUUUUCUGUGUUGCCAUCCUCAUCAGUCGCCAUUAAAAUAAAACAGUGACAUUCA